AUGAUGGGAUGGAGCGCUGGCGCAAGUAUCACAAAGGCAGCUAUUCCUUUGGCUGUGGAUGUGGGUGUGUCCUACAGCCACUAUUUGCAUUCGGAGUGCUUUGGCUCUCUGAAGGAGUUGAUCAAGUACUUGUGGCUGCCAGUUUGCAAAGAUUGCGCAGGGAAGAGUGAGCCCCUGACGGUAGCUGCCCUACGUUUUGGAAUCCACGCUCCCAGCUUUCCGCUGAUCAGUGAAAUGGCCUUCUCUUUGAUGGCUGCCAUGUAUGAUCUUCGAAUUCGAGAGCCGGGCUAUGUCUCUGACUGCUCCGUGGGUAGCGUCACCAUGA